CUCUCUUGAGUCAUGGCUUCUUCAAAGCUCCGAGAAACUGCGGACGAGGUUUUUGACCUAGACUUGGCUGUGCCAGAGACCACCAGACUGGACAGCAGUUUACACAAGGCCCGGGCCCAGCUGCUGGCCAAGGGCCGGAGACACCGGCCCUCCCGCUCCAGGCUUCGGGACAGUGCCAGCUCUGCUGAGGAUGGUGAAGGCUCUGAUGGCCCUGGAGGCAAGGUUGGGGUGACCGACGGCUGUGGGAGUCCCCUGCACCGUCUGCGCUCGCCUUUGCACUCGGGCCCGGGUUCCCCCGCCGGGGGCGCCUUCUGCCUGGAGCCUCCAGGGUUGCGUCGCAGCUUAGACGAGGACGAGCCGCCGCCCUCGCCGCGCACCCGCUACCGACCCCUGCACAACGCCGCCUCCCACGAGGGCCUGGCCGCCGCCUCCAGCUCGCCUCCGCGCUCCGCGCCCUCCUCGGACAGCUCGCCUAGCUUCGUGCGCCGUCACCCGCGCGCGGAGCUGCACAGCGAAGAUGACAGCCGAGAUACUAGCCCUCCUGAGCCCGCCAGCCCCACCAUUGGCCUGGAUAAGAAGACUCGCCGGAAGUUCCUGGACCUGGGGGUCACCCUCCGGCGGGCAUCCACUGGCAAGAGCCGGAAGGAGAAGGGCAGCAACCGCCUGUCUAUGGGUAGCAGAGAGUCAGUGGAGGGGUCUGGCAGGUCCGGAGGCUCCCCAUUCCUGCCCUUUUCCUGGUUCACAGACAGUGGCAAGGGUUCAGCAUCUUCAGGCAGCACCACCUCCCCAACCUGCUCUCCCAAACAUGAGGGCUUUAGCCCUAAGAAGUCAGCUUCCCAGGAAUCCACCCUGAGUGAUGACUCCACGCCCCCCAGCAGCAGCCCCAAAAUCCCCAGUGGUUCUCGACCGGAAGCUAAGUGUUCCUACCCCUACCACACACUGUCCCAGUCUUCAGAUGAGUUCCUGGAUGAGCCCCUUCCCACGGUCCAGCACUGGAACAGCCAGCAGGUGGGCCAGUGGCUGCACAGCCUCAACCUAGAGCAGUACGCUGCUGAGUUUGCCGCCCGCCAGGUUGAUGGGCCACAGCUGCUGCAGCUGGAUGGAAGCAAGCUGAAGAGCCUGGGGCUCAGCAACUCGCAUGACCGGGCACUAGUGAAGCGGAAGCUGAAGGAGCUGGCUGCCGCGGCUGAGAAGGAGCGCAAGGCGCAGGAGAAGGCUGCACGGCAGCGAGAGAAGCUCCGGCGCCGUGAGCAGGAGGCCAAGAAAAGCUAGGGGUGGCAGGGCGGCACUGGCACCUGGGUGCGGGCAGCCGCCAACGACCACAGGCCUCACCAGGGAAGCGGGGCCUGUACACCAGGCCUGGGGUGGCCUGGCCUCUUGCUCUUGGGGGGAGGGGGGCUCCACACCUUCUCACCCUGUGUGGACCUAGAGGCCCUGGGGUGGGAGACCCCAGGGAGAGGGCCCAAUAAUACACUUGAUUUUGAGGACUUGUUUGGCACAGUUCCAGGGGGAGGCAGGUGGCAAAUGGAGGAAAAGGGCAGAGGGCAGAGCUGAAACAAGUCCAGGAGCCCUGAGGAUUCUGGAUGAGGCUGACCCUCCAUCUUGGGACCAGAGUGGUGCAGGGCAGCAAGUGAGCCAGCUGCGUGCCCGCCUUCCUCCCAGAGGCCCUGUGGCAGGCCAGGGUCCUCAGGCUGGGCGUCUCAGCAGGGGUAGGAGCUGGGUCCCUCCAGCUCUCCAGGAUGACGGGGGAGAUAAGCUAUUCUGCUAACAAGGAGGUUGGUGGGCACUACAGCAAGUUGCACUCAGGGUAGAUUCCCAGCCAACCCCUUAACAGGAGAACAGAGUGUCGUGUGGGACAAGCCCAGCCCCUGUAGGGGCUGUGGGAAUAGAAGGGAGGGAAAAAACCCUCUUCUCCUUUCCUGCCCUGCGGAUCUCGAUGGGUGGGCUGGCAGCCAUACAUUGCCCCUCCUACAGUGGGUCUUUGACCCAUUCUCUGAUCCAGGACCCAGCCAUUGUGCUUCCUCAGAGGGUACCUGGGCUCUUUGGGGACAGAGAAUACCUCCCCACCCCAAUACCCCAACAGUGAACUAGUGACUCCGGCCAGGUAGACUGCCUGGAAGCUGCCAGAUGAGAAGAGUCCAUCAUCAGGGCCUCCGUGGGUUCUGGAACUAGCAAACCAUAGAGGCGCUGGUUUGCUCAACUGCAGGGAAAGCCAGGCCAGCCUUGGGAGGGGUAGAAUCUACCAGCAGCUUCAGAUAGUAUCAGACCUUUUUAAGAGAUGUCCAGCCAGAGACAAGAUCCAGGUAUCCAUGCUGGCCAGUGGCUGGCCCAGCUUCUGGGGAGCUGGCUAGAGGUUGCAACAGGCUCUGGGGCCUGAGAAUGGCUCCACUUUCCCAGUAGCCUGGGAGGGUGGACAGGACAGUGCAUGCUGACUCUGAUUUCUGCCCAGCUCUGUGGCUUAGGGCCAGGGUUCUGUCCCUGGGACCAGCCCUUUCUGCCCUCUGCCAUCUGUGCUGGGAGAAAGGCUUCGAGGGAAACUGAGAUGUAGGGGCACUGGCACAAUCUGGGCCUGGCAGAGGGGCUGGAGGCCCCUGGGUCUUGGAAGCCAUCGGGAGCUAAGUGGGUGCCCCCCUGCAUGUGAUAGGGGGAGGUGGUCCUUGGUUUCUUCCAAUAAACAUUUAUGACUUGCCAGUGACUCUUCUGUCUGCGCAGAUGGAGGGGUUGGUCAGAAACCAGGAACUAAGCCAUGCCCUGAAGUGUACUGAAGCUCAGGCUUGUCCCUGGGUGCUAGGCUGCCAGGUGUUCUGAGUAGAUGGUAGAGCCUGAUGGUAUACUCACG